AUGGACAGCCAACAACCACAACAACAGGAUGCGUUUGCUGACCUGAUAUCACCGUCCAUGCAGUGUUACGGGGCCCAAGAACGAUCUUCGCAACCUGGCUUGGCCUAUACUAGUAGUGCAUCAUCGCUGUAUCGCAGGAAUCACCUUGCCCAACCAGACGACUCAACAGAAAUGGGUCUACAGAACAGCCGGACAAAUCAUUCUGACUCCGAGGGAAGUUUUGCCGACACGCAUUACAGUUACGAACCUGGCUAUCUUAAAUCGGUACCGCGACGGCCUCUUCGACAGGUUAUUGGUCAUUUACCACACGGCGAGCAAAUUCAGCAGCGCUUUUGUCAUGAACAUCUUGAUUCUGAAGGCGAUACCCAUAACCUAGUUGCUGCUACCAGAAGCGGAAUAUGGAACCCCUGGAACACAGCCUUUCCCUCUCUACAACAUUCGCUUACAACUCCGACAAUGGAAGAGCUAGAGCACGGGACCCUGCCCAGAGCAGAUUGGGCUUUCCACGGCCAGCAAGUUCUGAUGCCGCCCUGUCCUCAAACGUCGAGCUUUACAGACAAGUCACAACUUAGUACUCUCCCUUAUCAUCAUCCUAUCUAUUCCCUAGGCUUGACAAUUGAUGACUAUUCUCAAAACGCAGAGAUGCAGGGAAUAGAAGCCUCUUCACCGAACAGCCGACCAGCAUUAAACUGUCAUAUUCAACCUCAGCCAUUCCAGACUUUCAAUAACUUGACUCCGCAGGAUCAUCUUUACCCGCUGAGCGUAGAUCUGAAGUGGUUCACACCGUCAUAUCAACACACAUCUCUCCCAUGCGAAGAGGGACAGGGUACUUCUCAGAUAUAUGAAGACACUUUCCAAAACAGUCAGGCUGGCCAGGCACAACUUGAACUUUCGUUCCUCCGAGAUUGCGCUUACGGUAGUCCGCUAGGCCCGUCACACACAGGUCUCAACCUGCCUUUAUCGCAACCUGCCGCCUCUGCGAUUGACGAUGGCCCGCAGACACAGUCUGACUCUCUUACCGCUGGGACCCUUUUUCCUGCUGAUGUGUCUCAAGGGCUGAUGGUACCUGUCUUACCCACUCCGGAAAGGUACAAGUCCUUUUUCAACCUAACAUGCAAUCUGGGCGCAAGCAAAGCUCAAGACGGCCAGAAGGAACAUGCAUGGUUGGAAGCCCUAAAUAUAACGGUCCAUGACUUUCACGCUCUGUUUCGCAAGACCAAAAAGCGAAGACCUGGGCCUUCCGGGAGCGCAUGUGUAAGAUGCAGUUUUGAAAAGAUCAAACCUCUCCUCUAUGCCAUCUUCCAAAUGCUCACUAUCCUCCGGCUAUUGCGCUUGGGAUGGCAAUUUGAUGCCAAAGCCUCUGAGACAUUGGAUAUGAAUGUUGAGAACCAUGAGAAUUCGCCCUGGGACGGCCGAAAUCCGGUACCACGAAUGAUCUCGAACCAGUUGACAAUUGUACUCGAAGAAAGAAUGAUCAAUAUCGAUAAUUGGGUAACAAAAAGGUUCAAUGACAUUCUGACUAAACGCGUCCGCCUCAGCUGGAUUGAGGUUUUCAUGUCUACCUUCGUCUAUGCACAUGUUCGAGAGUUGGACGCCGGAAGGAACAUUCAUUGGUCUCGGCAUCCUGAGUCUAAUUACUUUUGGAGUCACCCCAAAAAGCCUUCAGAGCUGCUUGGCGAGGGCGUUGUCGAUUGUAAUGUGAUGCUAUCACAAGUCUAUGCAGUAUGCAAACCUGAAAAAGACUUCAAAUCCUGGGACGAUUAUUAUCGCAGGAAACUAGCAGAACCGCAUAAAGAACUACAAACCAUGGUUGAGAAGCUUCAAUGUUUCGUCACUAAGCAUAGACACGAAGGAUGGAUAGGCCGUCAAGGCAAGCAAGAGUAUGUUGAAGGAGAUUCCAGCAGUGUGUCAUAUACGAUGAGCUCCCUGGUGUUCUGUACACCAGACCAGAACCCAGUUGUGGAUAAUUUUGAGUAA